AGAAUUCAAAUUUUGCUUAGCUACAGCCUACAGCCAUGUUUGGUGUUUCAUCGCCACCUCGAUAUCCCAAACUAAGUUCAAACCUUUCAAAUCUCUUCUUCACUUCUCUUCUGCUUCUUCUUCGUCCAUAGCCAGAAACUGCUCUCGUUCCUCUGCAACUCCUCGUUGCUUGCUUUAUCUAAUUUUUUCUCUCAAAUGAGCCACUAGCGAGUCUUCCUUACUUAUCAAACUGAGCUACAAAAGAAAUGAUACUAAAAUCACUUCAGAUCAUUACUCCAUUUCUUCUUCUUCUCCUCCUUUUUAUUACUCCAUUCUCUUUCUCUCUUACUACUGAUGGACUCGCUCUUUUAGCUCUCAAAGCUGCAAUAACAACUGAUCCGACUCAAGUUCUUGCCUCUUGGGCCGACUCCGACUUGACACCAUGCCAUUGGCAUGGAGUCACUUGUAUUAAUCAUCGAGUCAUCUCUCUAAUUCUUCCCAACAGAAGCUUUACUGGUUACCUUCCUUCUGAACUCGGUCUUCUUGACUCGUUAACUCGACUCACUCUUUCUCACAAUAAUUUUUCUAAAAUUAUUCCUUCAAAUCUUUUCAAUGCUACAAGUCUACGCUCUCUCGAUUUGUCUCAUAACUCUCUCUCUGGUCCUAUUCCAGCCGAAAUUAAAUCCUUAAAAGCUUUAACCCAUUUAGAUUUAUCUUCUAAUUUUUUAAAUGGGUCUCUCCCUGAAUUUCUCGUCGAGAUCGAAAGCCUCACCGGAACUCUAAAUUUGUCGUAUAAUUCAUUUUCCGGCGAGAUUCCGGAAUCGUACGGAAAACUUCCGGUGAUGGUCAGUUUAGAUUUAAGGCACAAUAAUCUUACCGGGAAAGUUCCUCUGGUGGGAUCACUGGUGAGCCAAGGGCCCACUGCAUUUGCAGGAAAUCCUGGUCUUUGUGGGUUUCCAUUGCGGACUCCAUGUCCAGAAGCUAUAAACGCUACUAGCAGCGAAACCCUUGAAAAUCCUGAAAACCCUAAAGACUCUAACCCGAGUUUUGCCGCUGAAAGUGAUGACAAACAGAAGGAGAAAAAUGGUUCGGUGACUGUUCCUUUAAUAUCUGGUGUUUCGGUGGUUAUCGGUGCCGUUUCAAUCUCAGUGUGGCUAUUCCGGAAGAAAUGGGGUUCUGCUGAGAAGGGCAAAAUGGGAAAAGAAGAGAAUAUAGGGAACAAUGUUGACUGUAUCGAGGAGGGGCAAAAGGGUAAAUUCGCUAUCAUAGACGAGGGUUUUAAUUUGGAAUUGGAGGAUUUGUUAAGGGCAUCAGCUUACGUAGUGGGAAAGAGCAGGAAUGGGAUAGUCUAUAAGGUGGUAGUGGGUGAGAGAGGCUCUGGUGCGGUAGUGCCUACUGUUGUUGCAGUGAGGAGAUUGAAUGAGGGAGAUGCCACGUGGAGAUUUAAGGAGUUUGAGUCUGAGGUAGAGGCAAUUGGGAGGUUGCACCAUCCCAAUAUCGUACGGUUAAGAGCCUAUUACUAUGCUAAUGAUGAGAAACUGCUGAUCUCUGAUUUCAUACGCAAUGGGAGCUUGUACACAGCGCUGCAUGGAGGACCUUCAAACACUUCGCCACCUCUCUCAUGGACAGCGAGGUUGAAAAUUGCGCAAGGAACUGCAAGGGGAUUAAUGUAUAUACAUGAAUACAGCCCUAGGAAAUAUGUUCAUGGCAACUUAAAAUCAACAAAAAUCCUACUUGAUGAUGAACUCCAGCCUUACAUCUCAAGUUUUGGACUCGUUCGUCUUGUCUCAGGCACUUCAAAAUUCACAACAGCAGCAUCGAAAAAGCAGUAUCUGAACCAAACCAUUGUAACCUCUGCAAUUGGCUCAAAAAUUUCAACUCCGUCUAACUUUUACUUGGCACCGGAGGCACGAGCAUUCAGCAGCAAGUUCAGUCAGAAAUGUGAUGUAUACUCCUUUGGAAUUAUACUAAUGGAACUUCUAACAGGCCAGCUACCUGAUGCAGGACCAGAAAAUGAUGGUAAGGGGCUAGAAAGUCUCGUAAGGAAGGUCUUUCGAGAAGAACGUCCAUUGUCUGAGAUUAUAGACCCAGCAUUGUUGAGUGAGGUGUAUGCAAAGAAGCAGGUUAUUGCAAUGUUUCAUAUUGCACUAAACUGCACAGAAUUAGACUCAGAGGUGCGUCCAAGGAUGAGAAUGGUGUCUGAGAGUCUCGAUCGCAUCAAAUUACAAUGAAGGAAAGAAAGGAUUGCUCUUGUAAAGUUUUGUUUGCUGCUACUGACUUGUGAUGCUGAAGUUGGUUUUGCUUCAGAAUCAUUUUGUGUAAGUUUUUUAAGACGAACGUCUAAGUUCCAAUUGUUAUUAUUGGGUUUGGUUAGUAUGGUUCGUUCUUAUAUAAUGUCGAGCUUACAUAACCUUCACCCUUUAUUGUUUAUCUCAUUGUGGGACUAGAUACAUGUCUUGUUAGGAGUACUAUGUUAAUGUAUUCUCUUCUAAUAUGUUUAUGCUUUAUUUAUUGUCUACCA